AAGAUUGAAAUUGUAAUUUUUUUUUUUUAGGUAGUAUGACUUGAAAUUGUGUGUGUGUGUGUGUGUGUGUGUGUGUGUCUGAAUGCCUUGAUUCCUUUUAGGCCAGAAGUCAUGCUGUACUUCCUAGGUUAUUCUUAUUAGCACGGGAGGACAUCUGGAGGUGGCACUCAGGAACAUCUUACGAUCAUGGAAUUGCCGAGAAAAACUGACUUCAGUUUUUGUUCAGUGUGAGAGUGAGGCUGGCCCCCUCCUUGCCUGACAGGUACCAUCACCCACAGACUUUGAAGAUUGAUUGUGGUGUCCUUACCAUGAGUAAUUCGUGGACUUGCUACCUCCUCUUAAGAUUGUGGCCGUUGCAGCCGGAGACGGCCACUGCUGGAACAAGAAAGGGCCGGCUCUUGGUAGAGGCAGGCAGUGUCUUUCUUUCUCUUAUGAGGCCGUAGGAUUUUCAUUUUUAGUCUCAAAUGAUGGCUAUUCCUGCUGACUUUGUCCUGACCAAUGGAACUGAAUCGUAUUUGUAACCUCCCCGCCCCUUUAAAAAAAAAUCAUUUUUCUUUUCAGUAAAGAAUGUCUUGUUUUUGCGUCGUUCUUUUAUUUUACUUCUGGCUAGGCUGAACGUCUCCCCCGGCGCGGUGAGGCCCUCCUCUAAUUCAAUCUUUGUCUUUUGUCUUUGCUGCCUUGCAGGGUUGGUACAGUAGGCUUCACUAGACUUAGCUGCAACUCAGAAUUUCUCCUCCAGCACCUGAGUAAAAGCUGAUGGUCUUGUGGAGAGUGGAUUAAAAGUACGAGCUAAGUUCUCGAUCCCCAAUUAAGAAGCGGAGGAAAAAAAAAAAAUUUUAAACCAAAAUAGACACACACCACCAAAAAAAAAAAAAGUCUCCUUCCAAGUUAAUCACAGCCACCACCAUCAAGACAGCAAACACAAAGGACAAAAAGACCUUGACCUGCCGCGUGUCUCUGUGUGUGGUCCCUCCCGUUGGCGUGCGCUUUGGCAGACUUGGCAGGGGUUGCUAGUGAGGAAGUGAGAGGAGAGGAAAGUAAGCAAGCUCCCUGGACACGCGGAGUCACCGAGUCGCCGCCAUGAGGGCCGUCCUGGAGACGGCAGACGUCGCCAUCGUGGCGCUGUAUUUUGUCUUGGUCCUGUGUAUUGGGUUCUUUGCCAUGUGGAAGUCGAACAGAAGCACAGUGAGUGGCUACUUCCUGGCGGGGCGCUCCAUGUCCUGGGUGGCGAUCGGCGCCUCCCUGUUUGUGAGCAAUAUUGGGAGCGAGCACUUCAUUGGGCUGGCGGGAUCCGGAGCGGCCAGCGGCUUUGCGGUGGGCGCCUGGGAGUUCAAUGCCCUGCUGCUCCUGCAACUGCUGGGCUGGGUCUUCAUCCCCAUCUACAUCCGCUCGGGGGUGUACACCAUGCCCGAAUACCUGUCCAAGCGUUUCGGCGGCCACCGGAUCCAGGUGUACUUCGCGGCCCUGUCCCUGCUGCUGUACAUCUUCACCAAGCUGUCGGUGGACCUGUACUCGGGAGCCCUGUUCAUCCAGGAGUCCCUGGGCUGGAACCUGUACGUGUCGGUCAUCCUGCUCAUCGGCAUGACGGCCCUGCUGACCGUCACGGGGGGCCUGGUGGCGGUCAUCUACACGGACACGCUGCAGGCGCUGCUCAUGAUCGCGGGCGCGCUCACGCUGAUGGUCAUCAGCAUGCUGGAGGUGGGCGGGUUCGAGGAGGUGAAGCGGCGGUACAUGCUGGCCACCCCCAACGUCACCGCCAUCCUGCUGACGCACAACCUGUCCAACACCAACUCCUGCAACGUCCAGCCCAAGAAGGACGCCCUGAAGAUGCUGCGGGGCCCCAUGGACGAGGAUGUGCCCUGGCCGGGCUUCCUGCUGGGCCAGACGCCAGCGUCUGUGUGGUACUGGUGCGCCGACCAGGUGAUCGUGCAGAGGGUGCUGGCGGCCAAGAACAUCGCCCACGCCAAGGGCUCCACCCUGAUGGCCGGCUUCCUGAAGCUGCUGCCCAUGUUCAUCAUCGUGGUCCCGGGCAUGAUCUCGCGGAUCCUGUUCGCCGACGACCUGGCCUGCAUCAACCCCGAGCACUGCCUGCAGGUGUGCGGGAGCCGGGCCGGCUGCUCCAACAUCGCCUACCCGCGCCUGGUGAUGCGGCUGGUGCCCGUGGGCCUGCGGGGCCUCAUGAUGGCCGUGAUGAUCGCCGCCCUCAUGAGCGACCUGGACUCCAUCUUCAACAGCGCCAGCACCAUUUUCACCCUGGACGUGUACAAGCUGCUGCGCCAGAGCGCCAGCUCCCGCGAGCUCAUGAUUGUGGGCCGGCUCUUUGUGGCCGUCAUGGUGGCCAUCAGCAUCGCCUGGGUGCCCAUCAUCGUGGAGAUGCAGGGCGGCCAGAUGUACCUGUACAUCCAGGAGGUGGCGGACUACCUGACGCCUCCCGUGGCCGCCCUGUUCCUGCUGGCCAUCUUCUGGAAGCGCUGCAACGAGCAGGGGGCCUUCUACGGCGGGAUGGCGGGCUUCGUCCUGGGGGCGGCCCGCCUGACGCUGGCCUUCGCCUACCGGGCCCCCGAGUGCGACCAGCCCGACGACAGGCCUGGCUUCAUCAAGGAUGUGCACUACAUGUACGUGGCCACCGCCCUGUUCUGGGUCACCGGCCUCAUCACCGUGCUGGUCAGCCUGCUCACGCCGCCCCCCACCAAGGAGCAGGUGCGCACUACCACCUUCUGGUCCAGCAGGAGCCCGGCGGCCACCAAGGAGGAGCCGCACAAGAUGCAGGAGAAGAGCAUCCUGGGGGGCGGUGGUGGUGGCGGCAGGGAGGCCUCUGGCCACGCCACCCCCAACGGGAAGUCGGAGGACAGCCUGAAGGGCCUGCAGCCCGAGGACGUCAACCUCCUGGUGACCUGCAGGGAGGAGGGCACCCCCGUGGCAUCUGUGGGGCACUCGGAGGCCGAGACGCCCGUGGACGCCUACUCCAACGGGCAGGCGGCCCUCAUGGGCGAGAAGGAGCGCAAGAAGGAGCCCGAGGCCGGCGGCCGCUACUGGAAGUUCAUCGACUGGUUCUGUGGCUUCAAGAGCAAGAGCCUGAGCAAGCGGAGCCUCCGGGACCUGAUGGAGGAGGAGGAGGCCGUCUGCUUGCAGAUGCUGGAGGAGCCCCCCCGGGUCAGACUGGUCCUCAACGUCGGGCUGUUUGCCGUGUGCUCGCUUGGGAUCUUCAUGUUUGUCUAUUUCUCCUUAUGAACUCUCUGGGCUUCUGAUCAGACUCUGACCGCAGAAGAUAGCGGUCUUUGGAAAUCUAAAGACAAACACACACUUCUGUAACUGUCGCAUCUCUCAGGCAUUGUUUACGCUGUAGGUUUUAGCCAGAAUCGUACCUAGCUGAAAAAUCAUCUACUUGCAAGACUUUUUUUUUUUUUUUUUUUUUUGAGUUUUCCAGAGGUGGCUGAAAUGCCAGUUUCCACCCGAUUGAAGCUAAACUGGUUUUGCUGACUAAGCUGUGCAAAUGGGGUUUAAUUUUUUUUUUUUUCUCCAUACCAAAGUCAGGAGAGAGCAGUUAUUGUCAGAACCCUUAGGGCAGAAUGGAUGUGCAGGAACGAGCCAGGUGCACUCGUCUUUUCUGCAGCCCGGAUGAAGACUUGCUCGCUUCGAAGUCUCUUUUCUCCCUGUCUCUGUAAUCCCUGCUACCGUUGGGAGGAGGUGGGGAGCGGAAUCAAUGAGUAGACAUUGCAAUACUUGAGAACUUUGGUAUUGAAAAAGUCUCAAUGUGCUGGUUUGGACUGUUUAUUCGAGGACCAGGCUAAUUUGUUAGUUUGCCAAGUUCAUUUUGUUAGCACGAUCCUGUGGAUUCUGAUUGCCAAAAAAAAGGAAGAGGAAGGUUUUCUUUCUUUUUUCUUUUUCUUUUACUACCAGUAUAUGGAAUGUUUGGGAACGGUUUGGUCAGUCCUUUUUUUUUCUUUUUUUUUCCCCCCUCUUUUCUGCCUGUGGCUUAAGUGAGCCACAUACCUGCUCUGUCUUCAUAAAGUGGUUAUGCCCUGAAGGCAUUGUUGGCAGAUUCUGGGUGGUGGAGGGUGUGGGAAUAUGAAGUGAACAUUGCUGAUGAUCAGUGUGGUUUUUUUUAAACCAAAUCAAGGUUGUUCAGAUCGUUUGGGAUUAGUCCCCUCCCCCCCAUUAAUCACCUUAGACUAAGCAAGCGCUUAUUUCUCCUGCACUAGCUCCUCUUGUCAUGGGUCACAUUCCUUACUAGCGAGGGACCCUCCCCAGAUGGACCCACUUGGAAGAAGAAGAUCUGUCCGGGAAACGGAAGAAAGUUGGACCCUCCCUGCCUUGGCGUUGGGUCUCCUUAGAUAAAUGCGUUGCCUUUGGGCUCUCAGAGGGAAAAGUCUCCCAGUUCCAAAACUCUGUGUCCUUGUAAGUCUUUUCCUGGUUUACUGUCCCUCCUCCCCUCUCCAAACUUGACAUGUAUGUGCAGCCUGUACAUUCUUGCCAAGAAACGCUGCCGUAAACUUAGAGCUGUCAAGUAGGAGAACACGCCGGCUCGCGUGCUUUGCCACGGGUAGAUGGUCAGCCUGCACUGUCUGCUGUAGCAUCAGAGAGCAGGUUCAAGGAAAGCCA